AUGGAUUUAAAAGAUGAAAUUCAUCUUGUUGGAGGAAGAUUAAAAAUUGGAGAAGAUGAUCCUGUUGAAGGAUUAAAAAGAAAAUUAAGAAAAAAAAUGUCAAUGGAAUAUAUUACACAUUAUGAAAUAGGAGAAUUACUUGGAACAUUUUAUAGAAUAGAAUAUGAUAAAAAUUUAUAUCCAUAUAUUCCAGUUCAUGUAAGUCAAGUCAAAGAAAUUAUUAAUAUUUAUAUGAUUCAUCUUGUUGAAAAAUGUGAUUUUAAAAUAUUUGAUACAGACAAAUUAAGUUCAAUUCCACUUUUUGCUUUACAUAAUAAUUUUGAAAAAUACAAUAUUACACUUUGUUCUAUUCCAACUUUAGUUUCAAGGUAUCUUAUGAUUUAUGGUUAA